AGUGUAAAGCAGAAGCAGGAUCUCUGCUUUCCAAUGACUUACAUCACCCUGCAGACAAUUGGCAGGCAGGAGCCGGGCAGCUGCCACACUCUUCAGAUAUCUCUCUAUUUAAAGUUCAAAGAGACGCUGGAUAACAAUAAGGAAGAGGUAGGUGUGCCCUGCGGCGCCACUCCACAGCAGGAAUAAUGGCCGGGAAAGCAGAGUCCACGUUACAGCACUUUCUGGUGCCCAUCCUUCUCCUGAUUGGCUGGAUCGUGGGCUGCAUCAUAGUGAUUUAUGUCGUCUUCUCUUAGGACUUUUUGUCAUUCAGGCAAGAAGACCUCGGAUUGACACCUUUUAGAAGACUUAAGAAAGAUGCGAAUGUGACUGAUAAAUAAAUGAGUCUCAUGUUAAAUAAAUGCAAUGGUCGGCAUCACUUUAUUAGCUUGGAUAUCAGCUGGUACUUUGGUGCAUAAGCAUCUCUUUGGGAACUUUCUUAAAAUUAUUGGUUGAAAAAAGAACUAUAAGAAAACAUGAGUGAAUUUCUCUAUAUCCAGAGAGUAGGCAAAAUGCUCCGAACUAUACAUCAGCAAUAGAAAAACGUUUGUAAAUUUAAUUGCAUUAUAAAAUGUUACCCCUCCUCAAUAUAAGAGAAUGAGCUAGAAGGAAGAACAGGCAAUUCACAGAAAACAAAAUGUAAAGUUAAACUUGGCUCUUAAUCUCUUGUUCAUAACAAGAAAAAUGAUCUUAAAACUACCCAGAUAAGCUACUGUUCACUUACCAGCUAGAAAAAAAUAAAGAUGCUUGACAACACUCAUAUUGGU